AUGAACCUCGGAGUUUCAAUUGAGUCACGGUGCGUCUACCGAGUCCUGAUUUGUCCUUUGCGAGUCUCGGAGUUUCAAUCGAGUCCUGAUUUGUCCUUUGUGAGUCUCAGAGUUUUAGUUGAAUCCCAGUUUGUCUACCGGUUUCCGCUCUCUCUUCGGGCUCCCCAUUUGAUACCUCUCUCUCUCGCCUCUGAUUUUCUCUCUCGCCGAGCCCCAGCAACACCAGAAGCUACCCAUCUCCUCUCUCGGGUCCCUUUUGCAAGCACCAGACCACAUCUCCAUAACCACCUGCCGCCACCACAGCUCCACCUGAGAGCCCCAACACCAGAACGCCCGAGCCUCUCGCCCAGAUCCGGACUGAGCACCUGCAACCAGGACCACCCUCUUCCUCCAUCGCAACCCAGUAGCUCCCACCACCUGUCACCUCUCAAACUCCCGAGCACCACCCACCAUCACCACGUACCUGCAACACCAACUCCGACAACACCCUAUCAGCAGCCAAACCUCAAUCGCCCUGUCUCUCUCACUCUCUCAUCUCUCGGAUUCUGUCACAACAGCCACCACACGGCCCACACCAGCCCUCCAUUUCUCUCCAUCUCUCUCUCAGCCUCUCCUUCACCAUCUCCUUUUCUUCCUCUAAACUCCUUCGCAAGCCCCAACCACCAUCCUCAACACCAUCACCUGCCAUACCUCCCUGUAGAUCUAGCCACCAACCUCCCUCUUCUCACCACCUCUCGGUUCCAGUCCCCGAACACCAAUCUCCAGCCGAAGCUGCAUCCUCAUCCAAGCGCCACUGAACCAGCAGCACCUGCAGACACACCCGAGCUCUACUCUCCCCGGCCACACCUCUCGGGUCUCCUCUGGCACCACCGAAGCCACCAUUGCCAGUCACCCUUCGCAGAUCCCACUCUCUUGGGUCGUAAGGUGCUUGUGAGAAUGUCUGAAUGAAAACACAGCUUGCGCACACCAUCACACACACACACAUUGUUCACACACCACACACACUGUGGCACCCACUACUACGCACACACUCACCUCACUGCAUGCUACACACACCCUCACCCAUGCUUGCUCACUCACACUCACA